CCGCCCGUCCUGAGCGCGGCGCUUGCGCUAUGUGCACGCCGAGCUGAAUGGGAGCCGCCCUGCCUCCCCCGGUACCCGGAAGUGGCGGAGCGGGGCCUGUGGCGGGAGGCGGUGCUGGUCGCCAGCGCUUCACCCACCGGCUGAGACAAUGGGCACUGCAUAUUAAGCAGGGGCAGAAGACUGAAGCCCAUCUGGGGACAGAAUGAGUUUAAAAGAUGCUGACAGUGCAGUUUGCCAGGCAAAGACAGCCUACAAUCUUCAUAUUUACCCCCAACUCUCAACAGAAAGUGCUCCCUGCUGCAAAGUGACAGCAACCAAGGACAGCACAUCUUCAGAUGUCAUCAAGGAUGUGAUUAAUAUCUUAAACUUGGAUGUCUCGAAACAUUAUGUGCUUGUGGAGGUGAAAGAAUCAGGUGGUGAAGAAUGGGUACUUGAUAUCAAUGAUUCUCCAGUUCAUAGGGUUUUACUUUGGCCUCGUCGCGCUCAGGAUGAACAUCCACAAAAGGAUGGGUACUACUUUCUUUUGCAAGAGAGGAACACUGACGGGAGCAUCAAAUAUGUCCAGAUGCAGUUGCUUUCCAAGGAGGCAGAUGCUCGGCGUUUGGUUGAAAGGGGGUUUCUUCCAUGGCAUCAGGAGGACUUUGAUGACUUGUGCAAUCUUCCCAACCUGACAGAGACAACGCUCCUAGAGGAUCUCAAGUGCCGCUUUCUAAAACACAAAAUUUACACUUACGCAGGAAGUAUCCUGAUUGCAAUUAACCCCUUCAAGUUCCUGCCCAUUUAUAAUCCUAAAUAUGUCAAGAUGUAUGAGAAUCAUCAACUUGGGAAGUUGGAGCCUCAUAUUUUUGCCAUUGCUGAUGUGGCUUAUCACACAAUGCUUAAAAAGCAUGUUAAUCAGUGUAUAGUUAUAUCGGGUGAAAGUGGGUCUGGGAAAACUCAAAGCACAAACUUCUUAAUUCACUGCCUCACUGCACUGAGCCAGAAAGGGUACGCAAGUGGUGUGGAGAGAACUAUUCUAGGAGCUGGGCCAGUUCUGGAGGCAUUUGGAAAUGCAAAAACAGCACACAACAAUAACUCCAGUCGUUUUGGGAAGUUUAUUCAAGUCAACUAUUUAGAGAAUGGUAUUGUUCGAGGGGCUGUUGUUGAAAAAUACCUGCUUGAAAAAUCUCGCCUGGUUUCUCAAGAAAAAGAUGAAAGGAACUACCAUGUCUUUUAUUAUUUGCUACUUGGAGUCAAUGAGGAAGAGCGUAAAGAAUUUCACCUCAAGCAACCUGAAGAUUAUUUCUACCUCAAUCAGCAUAACUUGAAAAUUGAAGACGGGGAAGAUCUCCGACAUGACUUCGAAAGAUUAAAACAAGCCAUGGAGAUGGUUGGCUUCCUUUCAGCAACAAAAAAACAGAUUUUUGCAAUACUUUCAGCUAUUCUUUAUUUGGGCAACGUUACAUACAAGAAGAAAGCUACAGGUCGUGAUGAAGGGUUGGAAGUGGGACCUCCAGAAGUGUUGGACAUUCUUUCCCAGCUUUUGAAAGUUAAACGGGAAAUUCUAGUAGAGGUGCUAACAAAAAGAAAAACUGUGACUGCUAACGAUAAGCUUAUUUUGCCAUAUAGUCUCAAUGAGGCAAUAACAGCUCGUGAUUCAAUGGCAAAGUCCUUAUACAGUGCUUUGUUUGAUUGGAUUGUCCUGCGAAUUAAUCAUGCACUCCUUAAUAAGAAGGACAUGGAAGAAUCUGUUACAUGUUUGUCCAUUGGUGUACUUGAUAUUUUUGGAUUUGAAGACUUUGAAACCAACAGUUUUGAACAGUUCUGUAUAAAUUAUGCAAAUGAACAGCUUCAGUAUUAUUUCAAUCAGCACAUUUUCAAAUUGGAACAGGAGGAAUAUAAGAGUGAAGGGAUCACUUGGCACAAUAUUGACUAUACUGAUAAUGUGGCCUGCAUUCACUUAAUCAGCAAGAAGCCCACUGGCCUCUUCUAUCUUCUGGAUGAAGAAAGCAAUUUUCCACAUGCCACAAACCAAACUCUCCUUGCAAAAUUCAAACAGCAGCAUGAGGAGAACAAGUUUUUUGUUGGAACCCCAGUGAUGGAGCCUGCUUUUAUUAUUCGACACUUUGCUGGGAAAGUGAAAUACCAGAUAAAAGAUUUCAGAGAGAAAAAUAUGGAUUACAUGAGACCAGAUAUUGUUGCUUUACUACGAAGCAGUGACAGCGCUUAUGUUCGGGAGCUGAUCGGAAUGGACCCCGUGGCUGUGUUCCGCUGGGCUGUUCUGCGAGCAGCUAUUCAAGCAAUGGCUGUCUUUGCAGAAGCUGGACGCCAGAGAGCUCAGAAGACUGCAGGAGUGGUACGUCAAGGACCCGGAAUUCCCCUUGGAGAGCUCCAGAGGUCAAAUACACCAGUAGAAAAAGUCUAUCGAGACAUGCAUGAACAAAUCAUCGCAAGUAUUAAAGGACUUCCCUGGCAGGGAGAUGAUCCUUGUAAGCUGCUUCGGUCACUCAGCCGACUUCAACACCGCUCCCACUUCAUGAAAAGUAGAGGUAUCAAACAAAAGCAGAUCAUUCCUAAGAACUUGCUGGAUUCCAAGUCUCUGAAGCUCAUAGUAAGCAUGACUCUGCAUGAUCGAACUACAAAAUCCCUCUUGCACUUACACAAAAAGAAGAAACCCCCUAGCAUAAGUGCACAGUUCCAGACUUCACUUAGUAAGUUACUGGAGACACUGGGUAAAGCUGAGCCAUUCUUCAUCCGCUGCAUCCGUUCCAACGCUGAGAAGAAAGAGAUGCUUUUUGAUGAAAGCUUGGUGCUUCAACAGUUAAGAUACACUGGCAUGCUAGAAACUGUGAGAAUCAGAAGAUCUGGCUACAGUGCCAAAUACACAUUCCAGGAAUUCAUAGACCAGUUUCAGGUGUUACUGCCCAAAAAUGCCAAAGCCUCUAAGGAAGACAUUGGUGUUUAUUUGAAUAAACUAAAACUGGAUGAAAACUACUAUCAAAUAGGGAAGACCAAGGUUUUCAUGAAAGAGGCUGAACGGCAGAGACUACAGGAUACACUACACAAGGAAGUGAUCAGGAAAAUCAUCCUCCUUCAGAGCUGGCUCAGGAUGGUUUUAGAAAGGAGACGCUUUCUCCGAACACGACAGGCAGCCGUUGUUUUACAGGCUUGCUGGCGUUCCCGAUGUGUUAGGAUGGCACUGCAGAGGAAUAAUGCUGCCAUUUAUAUUCAGUCAGUGUGGCGAAGAUACAGGGAGCGAAAAUGCUACCUUCAGCAGAAGAGGAGGAUUUGUCUCCUCCAGGCCAUGGUCAGAGGGCAUCUACAACGUAAGAGAUUUCAGAAAAUGGCUCUAGAAAAGCAGAAAGCUGAAGAAAAGCAGGGAAAAACACCGGAAGGUCAAGACGAUCUGAGCAAGGAUGAGCACAGUGAGCCAUCCACAGAUGAGUUGCCUGAGACACACAGAUCAGAGCUGGAUCAAGCUGUUGGGGAUGGAGAUCAAACUCCAAAUGAGCAAUCUGAAACCUCAUCUGAAAAAGCCACAUUGCCCCAGAAGAACAUGACAGAGGCCUCUGAGAAAGUAACAAACAGCCGGGAGAAACGGGAAUCUCGCCGGCAGAGGGGGCUGGAACAUAACGAGUUACAGAAUAAGCAUGUCUUGCUUUCCCUCGAAGGACCAUCUUCACUGUGCCACGAGGAACAGACCUCUUCUGAAGAGUCCCUGGGAACUGUUCCAGUGCAAGAGAAAUCCACAGCAGAAGAUCCUGUUCUUCAAGGAAGCAGGGAGGGAGAGAGAAAUCCAAUUGAAGAAAAAGUUACUUCAGAUAUGGCACUGUCAAGUGAGCUAAAAGAAAGUAGUUCUAUCCCUGAGCAACCACCUGUAUCAGAAGUAGAUAUGACAGUUGAUAGAAUGAAAACACAAGGGAAUCAAAAUAACCAGAUAAAAGGCAGCCAAAGCUUUAACUGCCCUGAAAGACCGAAAAAUCUUGCACUGAAUCUUCAUAAUACCCUAUCUGCUACUGGGAGCUUUCAAACUCCAUCUGAAUGCUGGGCAGAUAAAAACAAACGUCUUGUUCAGAAGGCAGCCAAAGAUCUGGAUAGUCCUACUUCUUCCCCAAUUCAGAGAUACGUGGAUGACCCAGGGAAGCUAAAGUACAAGAGAGAGAAGUGGAAAGGAAAGAGACAAUCAGAUGCUGGUCAUAAUGAUAUGCUGAGUCAGUCUUUGGAUGAAAGAACGCGUGUGGAUAAGUCUCCUCAGGAUCAGUUAGAAAAGAAGGGGAAUUCAUCUUCAUUAAGUGAUCUUUCAAUACUGGCCCAGUGUGUUAUCAUGAGUCAGCAAUCACCAGAUGCAGUAGAAGAAGAAAAAGGCAACAAGAAAUAUCCUGUGCAAAAGAGGCCCGGUGACCUCUUGUCUACCUUGGACACAGCCAGUUCCAUGCAGCCAGCAAGUCAGCAAAUAGAUGCCAAGUCUGCUUUUAAAAGUCCUUUGCGUAGACUUCUGGGCAAAAAGCCAGACAAGAAAAUUCCAAAGGAGAGUCCUGAUGUGAUUGAUGAAGAAGGCCUCUCCCUUGUGUCUUGUGUCCUCUUUGCAGAAACAGGAGGGACACAGAAAGCUUCAGAAGCUUCUUCAGCGCAGCCCAGUCGCCCCCAGGCAGGGGAGCGCCAUUUGAAAGAGAGCAGUAAGACAAAGAAGAACCGUACUAUAAAGAUCAGCAAGAUCUCCAGUGUAUCUCAGAACUGGCGAGCUUCCAUGGUCCGUGAGAUUGCAAAUGCCAAUGAACUGAAACAUCUGGAUGAGUUCCUCCUAAAUAAGAUCAAUGACUUGCGCUCCCAGAAGUCUGGUGUUGAAUGCUUGUUUUUUGAAGCCACAGAGAAGUUUCGAGGAAACAUCAAGACCAUGUAUUCUGCUCCUAAUGGGCAAAUCCAUGUUGGCUACAAAGAUCUAAUGGAGAAUUACCAGCUUCUAGUUACAAAUCUGGCCAAAAAAAGGGAAGAGAAAGAAGUCAAGCUAGUUUUGAAUCUUUUCCAGUCCCUUCUGGAUGAAUUCAUCAGAGGAUAUAACAAAAAAGAAGAAUCUGAGCAGCCCAAGCAAACCAAGGCCCAGAAGAAGAAACGAAAACAAGACCGUGCAAUUGUGGAACACUGUGGCCACGUAUUCACAAACUACCAAGUGAACAUACGGCAAUCGUGUGAGCACUGCUCAUCCUACAUCUGGCCCAUGGAAAAGGCCUGCCUCUGCAGUGCUUGCAAGUUGACUUGUCACAAGAAAUGCAUGUCCAAAAUCCAGAGCAGCUGUACAUCCUGUGGAAAAAAGAACGAACAGGACACAGAACCACGACAUUUUGGAGUGUGUGUGAGUUCCCUGACCAGUGAGAGAAAUUCAGUCCCCAUUGUCAUGGAGAAGUUGCUGGAGUACGUGGAGAUGCACGGCCUUUACACGGAAGGCAUUUACAGGAAAUCAGGAUCAGCAAAUCGAAUGAAGGAGCUGAAACAGUUGCUGCAAGCAGAUCCAAACUCAGUGAAACUGGAGAAUUACCCUAUUCACACUAUCACGGGCGUCCUUAAGCAAUGGCUCCGGGAGUUACCAGAUCCCCUGAUGACAUCUGCCCAGUACAAUGACUUUCUUCGAGCUGUAGAACUCCCAGAAAAGCAGGAGCAACUCAGUGCCAUUUACAGUGUCCUUGAACAGCUUCCACAAGCAAAUCAUAAUACCUUGGAGCGACUCAUCUUCCAUCUGGUCAAAGUGGCUUUGAUAGAAGAUGUCAACCGGAUGUCACCCAAUGCCUUGGCCAUUGUUUUUGCUCCGUGCCUUUUGCGUUGUCCUGAUACCUCUGACCCUUUAACCAGCAUGAAAGAUGUUUCAAAAACAACCAUGUGUGUAGAGAUGCUCAUAAAGGAACAGAUAAGGAAGUACAAGAUAAAAAUGGAUGAAAUCAAUCAGCUGGAAGCAGCCGAGAGCAUUGCUUUUCGACGCCUCUCCUUGCUUCGGCAGAACAUGCUCUGGCCUGUAAAACUUGGGUUUUCUUCCCCUUAUGAGGGGAUGCUGAGUAAAAGCUCACAGGUCAAAGGCAGUGACAGUGGCAACUCGGAACUGGACUCAUUGCAUGAAGAGGAGGACGUUUCUGAAGCAGAUAACCGGGAAAAGGAGAUUCUCAUCGAUCGCAUACAGUCAAUAAAAGAAGAAAAGGAAGAUAUAACUUACCGGUUACCCGAGCUCGAUCAGCGAGGCUCUGAUGAGGAGAAUGUAGACUCUGAGACCUCAGCGAGCACAGAGAGCCUGCUUGAAGAUCGAGCAGGACGGAUGGAUACCGAAGCAGUUACUGGAUUACGCUGCCAUACUCAGAGCUCCGGUAAUCCUGCCAAAGACAUUUGCAAAGUGCCUUCUCUUUUGCAAACCUCUUCACGUUCUCCCUCUGCAUCCCUGCCUUCAAGACACAGAUCAUCUUUAACACUGUCCAGGCUUAAAGUGCCCCGUCGAACUCCAGUCAUACCAACGGCAAAUAUAAAGCUCCCUCCCGGCCUUUUCAAGUGUACAGAAUCCCAGGGCAGGAUUUCAGCUAACGAAGAGCCUCAGCUACCGGUGAGACGAAGGGAGCAGCCAGCGAGGCGAACUGAUCAAAUCCACUCGGUGUACAUUGCACAAGGGUCUGCCGUGGCCCACGCUCAGGAACUCUUGGAUGACUACGAACCAACAGCGAAAGUCAAACGGAGGUUUUCGGACCCGUACUCUCACGCUCCCUGUAUAGAAAAGUGAAAGAUGCUCUCUGGGCUUCUUUGAAGUCGACUGCAGCCUUGGCUUUAACCCUUUGGAGGCUGUGACCUUGUUUUGCAUGGCUGCUGGGAAGGUGGCCUGGAAAUAGACAGUACUGUGAGGGUUAAACAAGGUUGUUUCAAAAGAAUACUCCUCACUUUUAAGUUAAAACCCUGCAGUGAAAGUAGAACCGGUGAGUAAAAUACAUGAGUUGAGUGUAGAGCAAAAGUCCCUUGACUCUGCUGCCGUGCCUGUUUCCAUUUGCCUUACGACGGACUCCAAUGGGACCAACAGUGAGUGUGGGUCAGUGUGUGUUGCCUUGAUUUUGUAUGGUUUUAUGACAACUUUCUGUGUGGUUUACAGAACUGUUCAUGUUGUAAUAGUCUUAACUGAGACCAAACUAUAUAAAAACGUUUAUUAAUACAUUGCACUUUUAAAA